AGAAUGAGUACUAAGAAAUCUCCUGAAGAACUGAAGAGCAUUUUUGAAAAAUACGCAGUCAAAGAAGGUGACCCAGAUCAGCUUUCAAAGGAUGAGCUGAAGCUAUUGAUCCAAGCUGAAUUCCCCAAUUUACUCAAAGGUCCAAAUACCCUAGAUGAUCUCUUUCAAGAACUGGACAAGAAUGGAGAUGGAGAAGUUAGUUUUGAAGAAUUUCAAGUGUUAGUAAAAAAGAUAUCCCAGUAAAGAAGAAAACAAAACAGUAUCCUUAGCACCAAAAGUAUCCUGGGCAGUGGCCUUAUCCUAUGUGAAAUCCCCAAUGUCUCUGAUUUAAUUCCUUGUGAUUAUAAUGAUCUGGCUGUGAGGUCCAAUUACUGUUAAUAAAGAAAUUCUUAGACAU